GAGGCCUGGUCACAGACCGGGCCGCGGGGGCGUUGACCCCCGGAACUCUCUCCAGGUAAACUCCAGGUGUCUCUCAGAAAUGUCACUACCAUCACUGACUCUCUCUCUCUCACUCAGAAAUGUCACUACCAUCACUGACUCUCUCUCUCACUCAGAGAUGUCAUUACCACCAGUGGCUCUCUCACUCAGAAAUGUCACUACCAUCACUGACUCUCUCACUCAGAGAUGUCAUUACCAUCAGUGGCUCUCUCACUCAGAAAUGUCACUACCAUCACUGACUCUCUCUCACUCAAGAGAUGUCACUACCAACACUGACUCUCACUCAAGAGAUGUCACUACCAACACUGACUCUCACUCAAGAGAUGUCACUAUCAUCACUGGCUCUAUCUAUCACCCAGAGAUGUCGCCACCAUCACCAACACUUCUCCCCCAACACCUCACCUCACACAGCUACCACGUAGAAAUGGCUAUGGAAGGACCAAAUCCCUUUUCUCACCUUCUGUCUGAUUUAAAGAUAGGAGAUGAAUGCUUCAAGUACUACAGCCUUCUUGGUCUUGAGGAUGCUCGCUAUGAGCGGCUGCCUUUCAGCAUCAGGGUCUUGCUCGAGUCAGCUGUCCGAAACUGUGAUAACUUCCAGGUAAAGAAAGAGGAUGUCAACAAUAUUUUAGACUGGGAAAAAAAACAAACCGAUCCCAAUGGUGUAGAGGUACCAUUCCGACCAGCUCGUGUUAUUCUUCAGGAUUUUACUGGAGUACCUGCAGUAGUGGAUUUUGCAGCCAUGCGGGAUGCUGUUAAGGAGCUAGGAGGAGAUCCAAAGCUCAUAAACCCUGUGUGCCCAGCUGAUUUGGUUAUUGAUCAUUCCGUCCAAGUGGAAUUCUCUAGAACACGUGGAGGGGACGACCCUGGUGGUGGGGGCACUUUAACCGGUCAGUCCUGUGGUCGUUGUGUGAACUAUGGCCAGCCGGGCUGUGUUUCAACUGCCAUGUCAGAGAGACGGACCAGUAGUCGUUCAUAUUCCAGGUUGCAUCGUUCACGUGGACCUCACACUGAAGGGUCAAGGUCACGUCCAGGUUCCCCUGUGGUGCAUUCUCGGCCAGCCAGUCCCUCAGUAUAUUCUUCCCUACCUGCAAGUUUUUCACAACAAGUGUACCUUAUGCCUCCCACUGCAUCUGUGUCAGGAUCUGUGAUGGUAGGAGUGCAGCAACCAUGGCAGUUCCAGCCUGCUGCUUCUACAACUUCUCACCAACUUCCUGCCAUGGUGACACAUUUGACUUUGGGUGAAGCAUUAGGGAAUACUCUCAGUUAUCAGCAACAAGCUAUUCCGUGUACAACUGUAGUUCCUGGUUAUAAUCUUCCCGUGUACCCUACCCCACAUCCUGCCCAGAUAAAUAGAAUACAGCGCCCUGUAAGCUACUACAUGGGUUCUCCAUACAUGCAUCAGAGUAGUAGACCUGGUAGUCGGCCUACCACUCCAGAUCAGUGCCAACUCCCUGACUCUGAGAGUCAUCGUAGUGUAGAUAUAGAAGACAUUUCACUUAGACCAAGAGGAUUCCCUGGUUUAAGACAAAGACCUUUCACUUUAAGGAAGCAAGAAUGUGAUAAUUCUGCUGUAAGUGUAUCUGAUACAUCUAGUACCAGGACUGAUACUUCAGCAACUCCUUCGUUAAGACUCUCAGUGUCAUCAUUGCCUUCGCCUCUUGACGUUCCUGGGAUACCCAUUCAAGACGAAGUGUGCCCCUUCCACGAGCGCCAGUCUGAAUGGUCGAGUGCAUUACAAAAAAACCAAGAGAUAGAAUUUGAGCGUAACUAUGAGCGCUUUGUCUUUCUCAAAUGGGGCGCUCAGGCACUGAAGAACUUGUUAAUUGUCCCUCCUGGCUCUGGCAUCGUGCAUCAGGUUAAUUUGGAGUACCUGGCACGUGUUGUUUUUGAGGAGGAUAAAGUGCUAUUUCCAGACUCCCUGGUGGGCACCGAUUCUCAUACCACCAUGAUUAAUGGCUUGGGGGUAGUUGGCUGGGGAGUUGGAGGAAUUGAGGCUGAGGCAGUCAUGCUAGGGCAAGCAGUGUCCAUGGUUCUGCCAAAAGUUGUGGGUUACCGCAUCACUGGUACUCUCUCUUCUCUUGCUACCUCAACAGAUGUAGUUCUUACAAUUACCAAGCAUUUGCGGCAAGUUGGUGUUGUUGGAAAGUUUGUAGAGUUCUACGGUCCAGGGGUGAAACAGUUGUCCCUGGCUGAUCGUGCCACCAUCUCCAACAUGUGUCCAGAGUAUGGUGCAACAAUUGGUUUUUUCCCAGUUGAUGACACGACGAUCAACUACCUAAGACAGAGCAAAUUUAGGAAAGUUAGAGGAUUAUGGUCUGAGUAA